AUGAGAGAUUCUAAUGAGGACUUUGAUGUAGGGGAAUCCUCAUGUCACCAACAAGGAAGUGCUUACCUUGAUUUUUAUGACUCUCAAUUACAACAAUAUAUAGAGAAUGAAACUUCCAUCCAUGAAAACCCCCCAAGUCAAACCCUAAAUCAAAUUCUAAAUCAAAUUUCACAGGAGGGAACAAGUGUAGAGGAGAGAAGAGAAGAAACUAAUGAUACAAGCUCUCCAAAUAAUCAGAUGGUAUCAUACCCUUGGCCUGCGGGACAAUUGGGACCAGAUACUUCCGAUAAGUAUGCGACUGAUUUGGAAUUCACGAGUAAAGAAGAGGCAAUAAAUUGGGCUAAAGAAACGGCUCUUAAGAAUAAGUGUGUGUUAGUGAGAAAUACUCAAGGUAAAGAUAUUCGGUUUGAGAUGACUUGCGAGAGAGCUGGGUCGUAUGCUAAAAACAGCCACAAAAAAAAGGAUUAUGUAUAUGAAAAAAAGGCUAAUAAGAAUUACAAGACUAUUACAAGGAAGGAUGGAUGCCCCUUCAAGCUUGUGUUCAAUUGGAAAGGAAAUGCAUAUAAAAGUAAAGUAUGGAACGGUCGCCAUAAUCAUCCGGAUCCAGACUCUUUUGUUUGGCACUGCUUGGUGGCAAAGCUUAAACCUCAUGAAUUCGCGGAAGUAGAGAGAUUAUAUAAAAGAGGCACCGCACCAAGUAAAAUGCUACUCGGCAUUAAGGCCAAGGAUCCAGAUAAUGUGUCUUCAUUAAGUACAAUUUAUAGUGCACAAGUCACUAUAAGAAGGGAACGUUGGCAAGGUAGGAAGGUUAUGCAAGAAUUUCUAAAGUUAGCAACCGAUCACAACUAUACACACACGGAAAAAGUUGGUCCAGACGGUGAGGUUCUUCAAAUAUUCCUUGCUCAUCCGUUGAUGGCACAAUUGGCUCAAUCAUUCUUCCCGGUUCUUAUAAUGGAUUGCACUUACAAGACAAACAAAUAUCAUAUGCCGUUGUUCAACAUUGUAGGUCACACAUCGGAUAGGGUAACAUUCACGUUAGCUUGGUGUUUUAUGAGAAACGAGAAGGAUUAUAAUUAUAUUUGGGAAUUAAACCAAUUGAAGUUACUCUUUCGAGGUAAUGAUCUUCCAAGGGUCAUAAUAACCGAUUAUGAUGACGGAUUAAUGUACAAACUUUCUGAAGUUUUUCCGUAUGCACAAAAUUUCCUUUGCACGUUCCACAUUGUAGUCAACGUGAAUAAAAAUUGCCAUGCGGUUAUUGAACCACCAAAGGCGGAUAUUAAGAAUUCAAAGAAAGAAGCACUUGAAGAAGAAGUUCGCUUUAAGCUACUAUCACCGGAAGAUCAAGAAGAGGAGAGAAAAAAAAUUCAAGAGCAAGUGGACGAAGAACAUAAAGCCAAUCACGAUAAAUGGUUAAGUUUUAUAAAAGAUUUGGAUUCCUUGGUUUGGUUUAUCACCGAAACUAGAUACGAAGAAAAUUUGAAGAAGUUUAUUGAUCGGUGGAAUGAAAGGUAUCCAAGCGCGGUCUCUUAUAGUAGGAAAAAUUGGUUGGAUCCGUUAAAACAAAAAUUUGUGCGAGCAUGGACGAACCGAUAUAGAAACUAUGGUAAUGAGUCCACUAGUAUUGCGGAGUCCGCUCACGGUCGCUUGAAGAAACUUCUUGAUUCUAAUCAAGAAAAUAUUGUUACGGUGACGGAAGCAAUGGAGCAAUAUUUCAAGAAUGAUAUUGAUAGAAUUACCAAAGCAUUUCAAAAAAGUUCAAUGGAGAGGAUGACAACAUUUUUGAAGCAUGAAAAGUUUCUCCGGGGAAUAGAAUAUAAUGUGUCACAUUGGGCAAUAGAACAUAUGAUGAAAGAAUUAGAUUAUGAGAUAGAAAAAGGCCGUCCAGGUGAUAUGUGCAUAUGUACUUCGAUGUCAUCUUUGGGUCUUCCGUGUCAGCAUAUGCUUAUUAAGUAUAAAGAAGUGAUACCUCUCGAAUAUAUUGAUCCGUUUUGGAAACAAUUAUCUUUUACACCUCCUCCUACGGAACUUGUCGGAGAAUCACCAUGGGAAACAAAUGAAGGAAUAGAAUUCUUCAACUCACACGGAACCUCGGCAACCCGACAGAUUUUGUUGAGCCAACUAAGAUUAAUUACUCGCCCAUGGACACGUGACUUGAAUGAACCAAUAAUAGGAAAGCCACCCGGGAGACCUCAAACCCAAUUGUCAAGGACAAAAGAAAGGAAGAUCUUGAAAAAAACAACUGGACGCGAGGUGGAGCGUCAAGAGAAAACGGUUCCAAAGAAAAGAGGAAGGCCGAAAAAAGAAGUUUCUACAUCAACACCACAAGAAGAUGAUGGGAGUUCACAACCGACACCAAAGAAGAGACAAAGUGCGAAGAAGGGAUUAUGUACACCAAUGCAAACUCAACAAGAUGAGAGUGCACAAUCGGUUCAAAAUAUUGAUGAAGCACAAAUCCCAAAGAGGAGGAGGGAAAGGCCGAGGAAGUUUGUGUAUGUCCCACUUGGACCCUUAGAGUAUGUAGAAGAUGGGUUGGAUAUACUCACUCUACUUCACGGUGAUAGGAAAACACCUAGGGAUCCAAAAUCACGUAGACCAAGUCGAUCGUAUCAUACUAAAAUACAAGAGUACAUGAAUCAACUACCCGAGUUCAUUCGUGAAUACAUAAUAUAUACGGAUGAUGUCGAUGGAGAUGGAAAUUGUGGUUUUUAUGCUGCGACCGAGCAAUUAGGAUACUUAAGUUUGGCGGAUAACGAAGGGUUGACACAAUGGCAAUAUGCUAGAAGGAGGAUGGCCGCAACACUUAUCGAGAAGAAGAGGUUUUAUGAACAUGCGGUCGACGAUGAGAAGGGGUUCAAAAAUUUGCAUGCUCGCGUUCUUGGGCCUAAGGAGCCGAUGGCAUUCCUUCCUUCAGAAUAUUGGAUGCAAAUGCCGGUAUGUGGGCAUCUACUAGCAGAUACAUUUAACUGUGUGGUACAUUAUUUUAGCCCUACUGCGUCAUCAACGUUCACACCAAAGUGGCAAAAGUGCGAAGGAUCUCUUAAGAAGAGAAGGAUGGCUUUAGCGUUUGUGAACGAGAAUCAUUUCAUCAUUCUCAAAUUAAAGGAAAAUUGUCCAUUACCACCGGUUUGUGCGAUGACUAAAAACAAGGAAGUAGUUCCCAAUUACUCAAACGAAUGGAUGGAGUUGUACGAAGAUAAUCACCAACUUUGGGAUGCUUUGGACCUUUCAAUUCCCUGA